AUGAUGGAGUGGGCUAAUGCCUGGGAAAUACCCGUGAUUUGUCGAAACAUCUGUACUUCAUAUUGGGAAAGCCCUCAUAGUGCCGUACACAUACAAAGUAGUUCUACGGAUCUCCGAAGGAGUCCGUGA